CCGGCACCGGCCUCUCGUGAAUUGAACAUCGUCAUUGUUGUGCAGUGUGCGCUUGUGCGUGAGCAAGCCAAUUCGACCUUGUCCAUGAUUCCAUCUCCAGCCCUAAAAGUCACGCAUCCAAGGAUGCACAGCGCCUCUCAGCAAGAAACAUUCGAAAGCUUCAAAAUACUGUGCUCCCCAGAGCGCGCGCAUGCGUGAACGUUGACUCCUCGGAGAUCUUCUCCAGAACCCAAACAUGCACUACAUCUCCGCAACACGCAAGAAAAGCUGCAGCGCCUGCGUGAAGAGCAGACGCCGCUGCGAUCUCGAAUACCCGUUCUGCAGGCGCUGCCUCGUCAAAGGCCUCGACUGCACGUAUCCGUCACCCUCUUCGGUGCGCGACAGAAAGAUGGUUGUCCGCCAAACACCGCCGGACUUGACGCCGGGGAAAGCUAGCGUUGAGGUCGUCGACAGCUCAGCCGAGCUCCUGCCUUUCAAUAGCGCAAGCACCGAUCCGCUUGGUCACGAUGGUCUACCAUUCUCAUGCGCGUCAGGUAGUUCGAGCAGUUCUAGCCUGGGUAGCUGGCAGGACGAGUUUGCGGUUUCGGCUUCGUUGUUGCUGGACAACGUCCCUUUCGAAGAGCCACAGCUUCGUCGAGCUCUUUGGCCAGAGGUCACGGCACCGGCUUACUUGAAUGAAGGUCAGGUUCGGUAUAUCUUGCAAGCGUUGCGCUCGUAUGUGCCUUCAAUGGCAUAUACAGGUUCGACUCCGUUCCUCCACCAAAACCUUUGGCAGCGUUAUCAGCCAGAGUCGUACCAGGACUGCGUAUCGAUCUCCGCUCUCUACCUUUGCAAGACGAGCGCGAAUACCUCCUUGAUAACGAAUAGCAUCAACGCCAAAAUCGCGAGGCUGGGAGCAGCUUCGGGCAACUGGAGCCUUUUGGAGCACCUUGCUGCUGUACAGACCUUGAUCAUCUAUCAAAUCAUCCGUCUCUUUGACCCCAGCUUGAACGACCAAGCCCAAGCCCAGAAACACAACAUCCUCCUCGAGAUAUGGGCUGCACACCUCUGGAAGCGGUCUUUCAACGAGCCAACAUUUCUGGUCAACUGCUACGAGACAUGGGUCUUCAACGAGUCACUCCGGCGCACAAUCAUGAUGUCGGCGUAUGUGCGCUGUGCUUGGAGCCUGUACACACGAGAUGGUCUUGCCGAUCAGGUACCUGUUCUUGCUCGGAUCCCGUUCACCAAAGAUCUUCAAGCUUGGAAGACGGAUCCAGAAGAAUGGAACGAUAACGUCCUACCUGAGCUGCUUGAGGAGGACGGUCUCACCGUGUACAUGGACUUCACAAACAGCUGGACGCAUGAGAAGGAAGUCGAAACACUCGAUCCCUUUGGCAAACUGCUGCUUGCUGCUUGUCGAGGUGGCGAUGAUCCUCGCUUGUUAAGUUGAGUACUUGUAAGGCGCCUAUCACAAGGCAGCGCAAUGUUCAUAUCAGUCUGCAAGGACAAUACUCAUCUGCAGAUAUCAGAGUACUCGCAUAUUGAGGAGCUAAAGCCGCAAGCUACCCGCGAUGACGUUGAACUGCAG